AUGCCAAAAACAAACAAUUUUGCAGCUCAUAUUUUAUUUAACAAUUCUAAAAUAUUUUUUAAUACGUCUUUAUACGAAAUAAAACAAAGCAUUGAUUUAACCAAUUCAAUAUUAGCUUUAAUUCUUAGUUGUUUUUGUAUGAUUACCAUUUUUGGUAAUGCACUUGUUAUCUAUGCUGUUAUUCAAGAGCGAUACUUAAAAUCAGUCACAUAUUAUUACAUGGCAUCGUUAGCAUGCGCUGAUUUAUUUGUUGGUUUGGGUGUUAUGCCAUUUGCUAUUAUUCAAAUUAUCUAUGGUGAAUAUUGGCCAUUCGGAAAAACGUGUUGUGAUAUUUGGCAUUCAAUCGAUGUUUGCGCAAGCACAGCAUCGAUACUGGACUUGUGUGUUAUUGCCUUGGAUCGAUAUUCAGCAAUAACAAAUCCCAUAUCGUAUCAUCGUGCAUUUUUUGUUAAACGAUGGCCCUAUCUUAUCGCUACUGUUUGGCUUUGUUCAGGUUUGAUUUCAUUUCCGGCUAUAGCCUAUUGGCGUUUAGUUGUUCAUCAAUAUGAAAUCGAUCGUUGUCUUUUUCCCGAUGAUAUUUAUUACAUUUUAGUUUCGUCCUUAAUAUCCUUUUAUAUUCCUCUAUUUGUGAUGAUUUUUGUUUACAUAAGAAUUUAUCGUGCUGCAAUAAAGCAAUUACAUGCAUUUAAAACUGGCGUUAAAAUUGAAACGUCAAAAAAAUUGGUUCCCAAGAAAAACAUCAACAAUGAGAACUCACCAGCAAUAAAUAUUUCUUCAGAUGUAUGCUUACGUAUUCAUCGAGGAAAAUAUCAUGGUUUACAUAUUGAUCGAGAAUUAUCAUUUACAGAUAAUUCAUUAUCACAUCAGUCAAUGACAAAUGACAAUCAUCAAAUAACAAUCAAUAAAAAACAGUUGUCAUCUGAAAAGGCUCGUCAAUCACUUGGCAAGCGUUUAACUAAAUUUUCUAGAGAACAAAAAGCAACAGUUACACUUGCUUAUGUUAUGGGUAUAUUUGUUAUUUGUUGGCUACCGUUCUUUGUUUAUAAUCCAUUAACUGCCAUAUCAAAAUUGCUUAUCGGCGGAAGGCCAACUUUAACUAGGAUGCAAGAAUUUCUAGUUGGAAAUGGUCUCGUUUUUCAAUUGUUUACUUGGUUUGGCUAUAUUAAUUCAAGUGUGAAUCCAAUAAUAUACGCUUAUUCCUCGCGUGAAUUUCGUCGUGCAUUUAUUAAAUAUUUAUGCCGAUGCUUUCCUACACGUUUACGAAACUUCAUGAUGUCCUAUCAUAAUCUACAUUUAUUGCGGUAUCGUUGCCAGAAACCAUCAUCAGUUAUAUCGGGUGAUAAUAUCGAAUACAAUUCAGAUAACACAAAUAAACAAUUCAUUAUUCCUUCAUCAUCCGCAUCUGUAACCGCUGUUAUGAUAAACACAAAGGAUAAAAACGAACCUUCAAUUCGAUUUUUAACAAAAUAUUCUCAUAGAAAUGGAACUCGACAAAAACAAUUCAAUAAUAAACCUAAAACUGGUAUUCUCGUCAAGUAUUGUAACUAUCAUGAUGCUUCUGUUUCACGAGUAACAUGUCUCUAA